AUGCCUCCUGAGCCUUUACAGUCGCCGACCGUGAUUCCCCCGCGCACCAGUUCGACCGGCGCCGUCAGCAGCAGCAGCAAUGGGAGUGCAUCUGCAUCGCGACCGUCGAGCUUGGGCCCCAUCUCCGAGGCCGAGUGGAUGGCCUCGUCCAAAAAGAAGCUGCCUCUGAGCACGAUGAACAAGCAUGGUCGGAAUCGAUCCAGCCUCGACUGGACCAAAUACAAGGAGGGGAUGUGGACGCAGGACAAGGAGCAGAUCCUGCUGGGCCCGUACGACUACCUGCUGCAGCACCCGGGCAAGGACAUACGGAAGCAGCUGAUCACCGCCUUCAACGCGUGGCUCAAGGUGCCUCCGGACAGUUUGGAAAUCAUCACUAAGGUUGUGGCGAUGCUGCACACAGCGUCACUCCUGAUCGACGAUGUCGAAGAUUCUUCCGUUCUCCGGAGGGGAGUUCCCGUAGCCCACAGCAUCUUCGGAACCGCGCAGACGAUCAACUCGGCCAACUACGUGUAUUUCCUUGCUCUGCAAGAGGUGCAGAAACUCAACAACCCCGUGGCGAUCGACCUCUACGUGCAGGAGCUGCUGAACCUGCACCGCGGCCAGGGCAUGGAUCUGUUCUGGCGGGACACGCUGACCUGUCCGACCGAGGAGGAAUACCUGGAGAUGGUCGGCAACAAGACGGGAGGUCUUUUCCGGCUGGCGGUCAAGUUGAUGCAGGCGGAGAGCGAGACGGAUAAGGAAUGUGUACCUCUGGUCAACUUGCUGGGGUUGAUCUUCCAAAUCUGUGAUGACUACCUCAACCUGUCCAAUACGACCUACAGCGAGAACAAGGGUCUCUGCGAGGAUCUGACCGAGGGCAAAUUCUCCUUCCCGAUCAUCCACAGCAUCCGCGCCGACCCGAGCAAUGUCCAGCUGAUCAACAUCUUGAAGCAGAAGACCAAGGACGAGGAGGUGAAGCGGUAUGCGCUGAGCUACAUGGAGCGGACAGGCAGUUUCGAAUACACCCGGAAGGUGGUCGCGGAGCUGCGGGAGAGAGCCCUGGACCUGAUCGACGAGAUUGAUGGGGGACAGGGCGAGGGCGACCUGGUCCGGGCGAUUCUCGAGAAGAUGGUCGAGUUGACCUUGAAAGACGACAAAUCAGACAAGUAA